AUGGCCACCGUCGUCAAGGCUCGGAUGAGCGCAUGGCAACGCCAGGCCUUGCAAUGCUCUGCAGGCAGCGGCCCAAGCGAAGCUCCAGGCGGCCAAGGCUGGAACCGCGGAACCGCGGAACCGGACGCGGCGGCAUCUUCGCGCGGCCUCGAAGGCGUCGGUGCCGAAGUCCGCUCCGGCUCCGAAGCCGCAGGCGGCCAAUCCGCAAGCGCGUUGCGGCUUCUCUUUUCUGCGGAUUUUUCGGCGGAGCGGAGCGGUGUCUGCGAGGCCUCGCCGAAGCAGCGCCCCGCGGCCCCGAGCGCUGCAGGGCUGGUGGUGCCGAAGAAGCCAAGCGCCCCGAGUCCGAGUCCCACUCCCAACGCCCCAGCAGCAGCCCCGGCGGCGGCAAGCGUCCCCGCAGAGGCGCCGGGGCCGGGGGGUCAAAAGCGGCUGGGACGGCUAGGAAAGUUGCGUCGCUUCAUUGCGCAGGCGCCGGCGCCCAAGGCGGAGGCCGUCCCGAAGAGCGCUCCUGGCCAAGGGGAGGCCGAGGAGCCGGGGAGAGCUGGGGAGAGCUGGGCUGGGGAGCUGGGCUACAGUGAGGCGUAA